CUGUCCAGCCUGCCGGUUGCUAGGAGGCGGGACGCCGGCUCGGCCAAGGGUGCGGGCGCCUGGGCGUCUCCUCCCGGGGCCUGGCCCUGGUGAGGGCAGCGCGGCCGCUCGGUCCUGCGCGCGGCGAUGGAGCCCGGGAAGAGAAGAACCAAAGAUGAUACUUGGAAAGAAGAUGAGCUCAGAAAACACCUUUGGGCCGCUCCAUCAGCCAGUCCCACGGAAGCGACGAGGCCCAGAGCCGGGAAGCCGCGGAGGGAGUCGGAGGCGGACCGGUCGGACCGCAAAGAGCGCAGAGCCGGCGCCCCAGCCCGUGACGCCGAGUACCGAGAGAGCGCGGCCGAGAGGGACGGCCAGGCUGCCAGGGAGCGCGCCCGCGGGGCCGGGGACACGGACAGGCCGCGGGACAGCAGGAGGGACACGGGCCGGCCAAAGGAGAAACACCGGGCGCGGGGCGCGGAGAAGCCCCACGGCCGGGGGAAGGAGCGCGAGAGCGGCCGGGCGCGGCCAGAGGAGCUGAGGCAGGUGGCCGCGCACCCCAGCCUGCUGGGCCACGACCGCGACCGGCCCGAGCGCCGGCGGGCAGUAAGUAAAGCAAGAAUUGCAGAGGGGGAACGGAGAGAUGAAGACUCUGAGAGAGGAGAUGAGGAGAGAGAAAGAAGAUACCGAGAAAGAAAGUUGCAGUAUGGUGACAGCAAAGACAAUCCUCUCAAGUAUUGGCUCUAUAAAGAAGAAGGUGAAAGACGACACAGGAAGCAGAAAGAGCCAGACAGAGAGAAGAAACAUCGAGAAAAAAGCAGCACAAGGGAGAAAAGAGAGAAGUAUUCGAAAGCAAAAAGCCACUCAUUCUCUGACAAGGAAGGGGCAGAACGGCGUAAAGAACAACGCCAUAAGGAAGGCUUCCGCGUGGACGAGGAGGAGGAGCAGCACAGGAGGGGCGAGGCCAAGGUACCGCUUCCGGGCGCGUCCAGCUCCCAAGAGAAAGGCACAUCUGAGCGCAGCCAGGCGAUGGGCUUGUUGCCUAAAGGUAGUGACCGUGGUGAAAACGUGCGUCAGAAUGGUGAACGCAGAAAUCGAGGUGCAAGUUCGAAGACAGAUGGGACUGGAAGCCAGCAUGCAGAGAAUUUAGAGAGGAAUAAUGGGAAAGAUAAAGACUCCAGAAGGAAGCAUGGCCGCGAAGAGGGCCCCUCGGCGUGGAAGCUGGCCCGGAGGCAAGGGAGUGAAGAGGCCUUGGAAAUUGAAAAGGAAGACAUUGAUUUAGAAAAUGCUGGAGCUGAUGAAUAUGCAGCCAGUUUUGAAGCUGAUUUUGAAGACUACGAGGGUGACUUUGAGGUCUGUGACGGUGACAGUGACGAUGUUGCACAUGAGCCUGAAUCAGGAGAGACAGCGGGACAGCUUCCUCUGGCCCGAAGGAGGGAGAUACAGGAAGUUCAGAAGGCCAUCCACGCAGAAAACGAGCGGGUCGGCGAGCUGUUCUCGAAGCUGUUUGAGAAGCGAGGCCGGACGGAGCGUGGCAGGGGGCCGGGGCCGGCUGCAGACGUUUCCCCCUCCGAAACCCCUGCUUGUGGGAUUUUCCUGGACUUUGCGACAGCCUCACGCCGCCAGAAGAGUCGGACUCAGGCCCUUAAGCAAAAGACACGCAGCACAAAGCUGCUCCGGCUUAUCGACCUGGACUUCUCCUUCACCUUCUCCCUCCUGGACCUCCCACCAGUGAACGAGUAUGACAUGUACAUCAGAAACUUCGGGAAAAAAAACACCAAGCAGGCCUAUGUUCAGUAUAAUGAAGAUAACAUGGACAGGGACGUCCAGACUGAAGAGGUUGAGACUCAGGAAGUGUGGACCCAGCACCCGGGGGAAGGCGCGGCUGUGUCUGGGGGGAGUGAGCAGAGUGGCCCCCUUGAUGCCGCCGCCGUCGUCCCGAAGGUCAACACGCCCCGCCUGUGCAGCUUCCUCCGGGCCGCCUGCCAGGUGAUUGCGGUUCUGCUUGAAGAGGAUCGGGUGGCGUUGGAGCCCAUCUGGACACCCCGGGCGCAGGACUGCACCCUGCGUUUCAGCGAUAGCUCCGCGCAGCUGAACACCAGCUUGCCGUUCCUUCAAAACCGGAGAGUAUCCUACCUGCACGCCUCUCAGGUUCAGAGGCGGAUGGUGGUGUCUGUGCACGGGCGAGCUGGGAAAGCCUUCGCGCCCCUGCUGGAUGGCAGAUACGUGCUCUGCGUGUGGGACAUCUGGCAGCCGUCGGGGCCCCAGAAGGUCCUGAUAUGCGAGUCGAAGGUCACGUGCUGCUGCUUUAGCCCCUUGAAAGCCUUCUUGCUGUUUGCUGGGACCGUGCACGGCUCGGUGGUCGUGUGGGAUCUGAGGGAAGAUGCCAGGCUCCAUCGUUACGUGAAGCUGAGCGGGUGCUUCUGGACGUUCAGGACCGCAACCUUUUCCACCGACGGUGUCCUGAUGUCUGUAAACCACCGCAGUCCCCUCCAGGCAAUAGAACCCAUCGCAGGGUCUGUCUGCAAAAGACAGAGCUGUGUGCUUUCACCUUUUUCUACCCAAGAAGAGCCAGCAGGCCUAUCCUUCCACGUCGCUUCCUUGGAUGAGAGUGGGGUUCUCAACGUGUGGGUGGUGGUUGAAUUAGCAAAGGCAGAUACUGCAGGUGCAAUAAGUGACUUAGGUUUACUGCCUGGAGGGAGGAUAAAGUUGGUGCACAGCGCCGCGAUUCAGCUGAGUGACAGCGUUUCCCAUAAAGGUUAUGAAUUUUGGGGGUCCACACAAACACUGAACGUUAAAUUUCUGCCUUCAGACCCUAAUCACUUUGUUGUUGGCACAGACAUGGGCCUCAUCAGCCAUGGCACCAGACAAGACGUGAGAGUCUCUCCCAGGUUGUUCAGGCCCCAGCAGCAGGGCGUGAGGCCGGUGAAGCAUCUGCUGGGAUCUGCAGCACUUGGGUCCGGUCUCCUGAAGUCCCAUCCGUGUGUUCAGCACAGCUCAUUCUGUGAGGCUGUCGUCUGGAUCUUCUUCAGAUGUUUUAUUCUGACGUCAUUUUCGUCUUGUAGACAAGUUACAAGGACGGCACAGAGCAUUCCCCCUCGCCCCGCACCAUCCUGAGCGCGCAGUGACACACUUGCCGGGCCAGGACGCCCCACCCCAGGGGCUGGGUGUUGGUCUCCUGUAGUCCAGGCCAGCCCCAGUCAGUCCUGCUCUCUGCGGGUCUGAGUGCAAGCCCACGACUGUCCCGACAGCGUCCUUUGUGAGCAGCCACGAGCGGCCCAGGCCACGCGUCCCGUUCAGUCACCGUGGCUCCUCAUUGCCUCACCUGGGACCGGCCUCAGCACCACACAGAGGGCCUGGGCAUCCUUUCCUGACCCUGGGCCCCUCCCUGUCUGACCGGCCGGCCUCGGGGAGACGCACAGACCCUGAGCUGCUGCUGCAUCUCACGCCCCGUGCCAGCCACCAGGCGGGUUCUACGGCCCUGUCGUGAAUUCCGCGGCAGCUGUCGCUGGGCGGAAGACUGCCUUUCCUCCUUCGUGUGUAUUUCUUGUCUAAACGGGGACACAAGGCUUUUCGCUGUCCUCAGUGCGUCUCAGAUUCGCUGCCUGCAUUUAUUCCGCUGCUCAGAGGCUCCCCCCGGGGGAAAGGGUUCCUGGAGGUGGUUCUGACUCGUUCCAGGAGCCCCUCUUUGCUUUCUGGCACAGGAACCUCGGGAUCAGCCAUUUCUCCAAGGAGUCCUGGCUCCUGUUAGGAGAAAAACACCAAGAAACCAGGACCUGGGCAGUCAGAAGUGCUUGUGUACAGGACAGGACAUCGAGAUCUCCUCUGGUCUCCAUCUACUCACCACCCACCUGGCGUCACAUGCACACCCUAGUCCCGGGCUGGCCCAGGGUCCCCUCCACCCUCCCGACAGUGGGCACCUGGCUCUAUUUUGCAUAAAUCUGUUCCUUUACUUUAGAAGCUUUCGUGAUUGCUAUAUCUU